AUGGCUAUGCUGAAGAUUUGGAACGUCUGUCUGGUGCUAUACUUCUUUGACCACUCUUUCUCCAUGCAGUGCGAAUGGACCAAAUUCAAACUGGGGAAGCUAAACGAGGAAAGUAUACAGCUACUACGCAAUAUGGGUGGAAGCUUCCCACCUGGAUGCUUUCAAGAAAAUGUCGAGCCCAUGUUCCCGGAGGAUGCUUACAAGCUCUCAGGAGAAACACGGAAUGAUGGUAUUGCGUCUGUGGCAUACGAGGCCUUGAAAGACACGGCCAGAAUCUUCAAAGACCUUACGUUUACAACCUGGGACCAUGAAAAGCUGAGGCUCUUUAAAAACAUCCUGUCUCGACAAGUGGAGAAUCUGGAGCAAUGUGUUCAAGGUGAGAUGGCAUUUUCCGGGGAUGGGAAUUCUGACGCAGGUGGCAACCGAGCACUGAAGUUAUAUUUCGAAAAGCUGAAUACACUUUUAAAAGAAAAGGGGCAGAGCGCUUGCGCAUGGGAGAUUGUAAGGAAAGAACUUGGCUACUGCCUGGAGCAGCUCCGCAAGUUCAUACAAAGCAACAAACAAAAUUGA